UCCUCUGUACUCUCUCUCCGUGGGCUGUUAUCUUAAACAGAGUGUGUUUACGGAAUGUAAAGACAGGCUCGACGUGUUCAAUGCUCAUCCUUGACUCUGAAGGCCAGCACUGCUCCGGAGGUGUUUAUCUGUGAGCUGACACACCCGCGGCCUUGUCUCGCCCGGCGGAUAUAAAGAGCGUGAGGGACGCAGGAACCCACAGACAGAGAGAGAUAGCAUCAGUAGUUCAGAUCGAGCGAUUCUGCCAUUCACGAAGCGACACGAUGCUACCUGCAACUUUUAAGCUGUGUGCUGGAAUUUCCUACAGACACACGAGGAACAUGACGGGUUUGAGGAGGAACGCCAUGAUGGCCAUCCACCACGAGCUGAGCAAACUAUCCGGGCCUGGACCGAGCAUGUGGGUCAGAAACAUCCGCCGCAGGAGCUCGCUGCUCUGUAGCAGGAUUGAGGAGGAGGUUCUGAGUGAAUCGGAGCAGAGCUACGUGCAACAGGGUCAGGAGGCUCUUCAGAAGUCCAUCAGCAUCCUGAGUGACCCAGAUGGCUGGCAAACUGAGAUUGAGACUUCGACGGGAGAUAAAGUGCUGAGCAAAGUUCUUCCUGACGUCGGCAAGGUCUUCAGGCUGGAGGUGGUUCUGGACCAGCAGCCUGACGACCUGUAUGAAGAGCUGGUGGAGAACAUGGAGCGCAUGGGCGAGUGGAACCCCAACGUCAAGAAGGUCAAGAUCCUUCAGAAAAUCAAUCAGGACACCAUGGUGACCCACGAGGUUUCGAAGGAGACCCCAGGAAAUGUGGUGGGGCCGAGGGAUUUCGUUAGCGUGCGCUGCGCUAAACGCAGAGGAUCAACCUGCUUCCUGGCCGGGAUGUCGACCCAACAUCCUAGCAUGCCUGAGCAGAAAGGCUUCGUCCGAGCCGAGAACGGGCCGACGUGCAUCGUGAUGAAGCCGAGCGCAGACGAUCCCAACAAGACCAAGUUCACCUGGUUACUCAGUUUAGACCUGAAGGGCUGGAUUCCCAAAACGGUGAUAAACCGAGUUCUGUCUCAAACUCAGGUGGAUUUUGCGAAUCAUCUGCGAAACAGAAUGGCUACAACCAGUGGAGUGGAGGAGGCAAUGGCCUGCUGACAUCAUACAUAAACACACACAGAGCAAACUCUAAUUAGAGUUUAAACUCCACCCACUCAUAACAUCACAGAUUCUGACAUCACAGAAACUACACAACCUUCAUAUCUGAGGUAGUUAAUGCCUAGCACUCACAUACAGCACCAUACUUUACAGUUAAUCCAAACUCCAUACUCAUCGGCUGCUAAUAAACAGGAAGUCCAAUAUUUAUUUAUUUUUAUAAUCUUUAUUAAUUCCUACUUUUCUUUCUACUACUACGUUUUAUAGAACAGCUUGGAACCAGACGGCUCAAAUAUUUACUGUAGCCAGCAUGUAAUGCAAAUCUGUUGCCUCUGGAUCUUAAAAAUACUUCCAUGAUCAUGUGAAAUGGUUCCUGGGUUCUCAAGAGCUCAUAAGGUUCCGUAAUCCUGUGGUUCCUGAAAAGGUUUCGUAGAUCCCAUAAAAAUGCCCAUCACUUUUAAAUACAGUGGAACCUCGGAUUACGAGCAUAAUUCCAAAACACUUGUAAACCAAAUUUUAUUUUCCCAUAAGAAAUAAUGGAAACUUAAAUUAUUUGUUCUACAGCCAAAAAAAAUAAAUACAUAAAAAUAAUUAUUACAAAAUAUUAAGAAAAAAUAAAACAAAUUAACCUGCACUUUACCUUUCAAAAAAGUAAAAAAAAAAUCCCGGCAGAUAAGCAUUUCCCUUUGUGCACGCAAGCGCUGUGUAUGUGCGUGCAUGUACACUAUUGUGUGUGUGUGAGAGGUUAGACUGAAGUGGAGACUCUUGCUUUCAGUUAAAACUUUCUCCUCUCGUUUAAACACACACACACAUUAACGGAAAGACUGUUGUUCUCCUCUAAAUUAUUAAAGCUUUUCCGCUUUAUUUUUAUGUUGCUCGCGACAGCGUAACAGCUCGUUAAUCCAUGCUCAUGUAAUGAUGAGAUGGACAAACUGGUCGAUGCCUGUUCUUUUAUUUUCUGCAUUGUUAGAUUAUAGUACAAACUUUCUUGUGGAUCCUGCACUUAAAUCCAACAAAAAAAACCCACUGAAGAACAAAACUCUAGGCUCUAUAUCCUGGCUUAGAUCUCGCCUAUGCGUUCACACACACUGGACUGCAUUACCCACAAUGCAUCUCCCGCACUGGACUACACUUCCCUAAACAGCGCUCAUAAAUCAACAUCUCUCUCCCACUACACUGUU